AUAGAACGCCACGCUGUACCGCUUCGUCGCUGCAUGACCCGGGCUGAAUAAUCGCUGCAAAGCGAUCAAAUGCCGCAGUGCUGUCCAAUUUUUUUCACCAAUUGCAAACUCUACAGCGAGUGCUCUCCCUGACGCAGCCGCAGCGUGAUGCCAAUGCCACGCCGAGGCUGAGAUGACAGCUGCACUGCAAGCAGCACUGCUGCUCAGCCUCACCCACUCGUUCCAGCCUCGUCAAUUCACCAGUCAAAAGCGGACGCUACACGGCGCUGCGGACGACUAUGCGCAGCGCUGGGAUGCGCUUGUCCUCGAGGAAUACCGCGCGACGGCUUCCGAGCUCCGCCGGCAGCGCGCGACGUGGCCAAAGCGUCGACUCGAGGAAGCUGGCGUCUCGCUGUUCGGAACCGCGGCGCCGCACUCGGAGCUCUUCGGCGAGAAGAUCUUGCGCGUCACACGCAGCGGCGAGAGCAGUCGCGUGCGGGAAUCGUUCACCCGCGGCGACGUGCUGACACUCACCUUCGACGCGGCCGCCGCGCCGCGCGAGGUGGCCGUUGUCGAGACGGGGGUUGAUUGGCUGACCGUAGCGGUCGGCGAGACCUGGCCCGGGAAGACGUGGGAAGCGCGGCGACGGCCCGGGUCCGUGGCCGUGCGCCUCGACAAGUCGGCGCCGCGCGCGCCGCUCGCGGCCCAGCGCGACGCGCUCUCGCGGGUCGCGGCGGGCAAAGCGGGCGCGGCUGCGGCGAGCCUCGCGACCGGUCUCGACGACGCUGCGUGUGCCGCUCCGCCGCGCCGCCUGGCUGGAGGCGCGGUCGUUGAGUUCGCGGGAAUCCCAGGCGGAGCGACGGCGCCGACGCUGGAGAUCGGCAUUCGCAACGCCAUCGCUGGAGCUUCUGCCGACGCGCAAUUUUUGCCAAACGAGCGGCAGAUCGACUGCGUCGCGUGGGCGCUCGGUCGAAGCGUGGGAUUGGUGCGCGGCCCGCCGGGCACGGGCAAGACGCGAACCGCGAGCCUCCUCGUGUCGUCAGCGUUGCGCCUCGCCGGUGCCGACAAGAAGACGCCACGCGUGCUCGCCGUAACGCACUCGAAUGGCGCGGCAGACGUCCUGCUGGCCGCGUUGCACCUCGCGGGUGUGAAUGCCAUCCGAGCCGGCCGCCCCACCGCGGUCGCGCCAGAAGCGCGGCGCUUCACGACCGUGGCGCUCGCCGAGCGGCAUCCUGAAGUCAUAUCGUUGCGCAAGCGUGCCAACAACGCGUCGCUUCCUUCAUAUGUGCGGUCGGACGCGAUGCGCCAGGCGUAUCGGUGCGUCGAAGACGUGAAGGCGAGCCUGGCUCGCCACGCCGAGGUCGUCGUCGCCUCGUGCAUCGGUGCCCACUCAUUAAUCGAGGCGGAAGCGGGGCCGUUUGAGCUGGUUGUAUUGGAUGAGGCCGCACAAACGACUGAGCCCGCGUUGUGUUGUGCAUUGGCCGCCGCGAAGGCGGAGCAAGUGGUCUUCUUCGGGGACACGCGUCAGCUGCCACCGACCGUCGUGAGCGGUGAUCGCGAGCUACGGUAUGCGCUCGGCCGCUCGCCGAUGGAACGCCUCGAGCGGAGCGGUGUUGAGUUGGAGACGCUUCACGUGCAAUACCGCAUGCCUCCCGCGCUUGUCGAAUUUCCCUCGCGGCACUUCUACCGAGGCGUGGUACAAAGCUCCGACAGCGUUCUGCGACGGGUGGUACCGCGCGGUUUCGUCUGGCCCGUGGGGGGGCUGCCACUGGCAUUUUUGGACCUUGACGGAGGAGAGACGAAACACGAGGCCGGAUUUUCGAACGCGCCCGAGGCCGAGAUCGUUGUGGAAGUCGUGUCUGAGUUUCUCAGAAAAGAAGAGGGGAAUAUCGUGGUCCUCAGUCCGUACGCAAAGCAGGUUAGUAAGGUGCGUACUGCGUUGAGACGCGCCGGCGUCGAGGGCGUGCGUGUGGGCAGCGUCGACUCCUUUCAAGGCCAGGAGGCGGACAUCGUGGUCUUCUCGGCCACGCGCUCGAACCAAGACGGCUCGCUCGGAUUCGUGCGCGACGCCCGGCGCCUCAACGUGGCGCUCACGCGCGCCAAGCGAGGGCUCGUAGUCGUGGGAGACGCGGUGACACUGUCGAACUCGCACCAUUGGAGCGCUCUCAUCGCAUCGUGCAAGAAGAGGGGCUGUGUUGUUGACCUGAGGGCUACUAGUAGUGAUGUGUAACAUACCCAAGAGU